GCGGUGUGACAAGCUGCCCGUAAAGGCGGCGGUGACAACAUCUAGUUUGGCUAGGCUAGGCUAGGCUAAGCUAGGCUAAGCUAGGCUAACAGCAGGCGACACAAGCAGCGAUCAGCUGACCAGUGACACUGACUGAACUUUGGGAUAGUUUUAAAUACCUAAAAUGUGCGUCGAUUGGCAAUUUAAAAAAUAUUGAAAAAAACUACCUAUUGGUUUCCUACGUAUUUUGCCAUUCUUUUUCACUCUUUUAUAGGUUACAGUAUUUUAACAUCCAUUUAAAAAGCAGUUUCCGGUCCACUCGGCAACACUCGGCCAACAUCGGCAUAUAGCGUACAGUCUAUGUAGCCUGUACAGUGGGCCUUCAAAAUAAAAGACAGCAUUAAGGCUACACUUAAACACGGUUGCAGCAGAACUAUGCUUCACUCGCCUCCCACAGUGUUACGUCACCAGCUACGUCUUCGAGUCGACUUAAUAUCAUUUUAAGCAUCAUGUGAUGUGAAUUGAUGCAGCAGAAUGAUAUAAUAUAGUCAAUUCAUUCUUGGGCCAUAAAAACCCAAAGUGUGCUUGGUAGGACAGCUUGACGUCCCGUGAGGGCGGAGACGUGAGCGUGCGGAGACCUGAAGCAUGAGACGAUUCGGCUCGUCAGUAAGCUCCAAGACUUUGCUGCUCAUCAUUUGGCGGGUGUGCAAUGUCCUCAUGUGCUUAUUCUUUGGCCUUGCCACCUACGUGCAGAUCAACGACCCUGACGCUGCCUUGUGGAUGGUCGGUUACGGCGUCCCUGCGCUCCUCUGUGCCCUCAUUGGCCUCCAACACCAAGUGACGGAGACGUUGCCAUGGAGACGCGUGGCUGACCUCCACGCGAUGAUGUGCUGUGGAGCCGUGGGGAUGAUGGGAUGGAAGCUUUCUAAAGAGAACCCGGCAGACAUCUUCCAGCAGGAGGAGGGCAGAGAGAUGUCUGGUCUCGUGUUGACGGUGGUGUGGCUUCUCCUGUGUCGCCACUCCGGAAGGUCUGCGGUGGGGAAGCUGAGAGUGUCGGCAGGUGUCCUCAUCACCAUCUUCCCAUUUGUGUGCUGGUAUCACGUCCACAACAAGAGCAGGUCCCACUGGCCAACACACUGCAAAACUGCAAUUUGAGAUCAAACUGCAAAGAAGACUGACAGCACCGAGAAGAACUGAUUGAUGAAAACAAACUAUCACAUUUUGCAUCAGAUGUUGGUGCUGUAUUGUAAUUAUAUGCAUUAUUUGCAUUGAGAAUAAUUGUCAUACUUUAAAUAUAUAAAUUAUAAUUUAUAUGUAAUUAUAUAUCCAUUUCAUGUAUCAACUUCAAUAUUGUAUUAAAACAUGUGACUUCGA